AUGCGCCUCUCCCGGCCGCGACUCCGCGUUUCGCAGGCCCAAUCGGCCUUUGCAGAAGGCAAUGCGCGAUGGACCAACCGAGACCUAGAUCCGAUACCGCAGUUUGCACGGAAAUGGGGCGUCUGGAGCUUAGUAGCAUACUGGAUCUCAGAUGCUUUCAACGCAGCAACAUGGCAGUUCGCCAGCAGUAUCAUCGCCGUUGGCCUCACCUACAAGGAGGCUAUUGCCAUCGUGGCCAUCGGAUUCUUCAUCAUGUCCUUUGUUAUCGCCGGUAAUGGUGCUGUCGGUGCCAUAUAUCACGUCCCUUUCCCCGUUAUCGCUCGGGCCAGUUGGGGGUUCUGGGGUUCGUAUAUUGCGAUUAUAUCGCGUGUCAUUCUGGCUAUCUUCUGGUUUGCUAUUCAGAAUGUGAACGGUGGCAAUGCCGUGCGUGUCAUGAUUGGCGCCAUCUGGCCGAGCUACUUGAACUUGCCAAAUGGAAUUCCCGAGUCCCAGGGCAUCACAACCAAUGGUAUGGUGGCCUUUUUUAUCUUCUGGCUGAUUCAAUUCCCCUUUCUCUGCAUUCAUCCGAAUAAGCUGCGCUGGUUGUUCGCGGUCAAGUCGGUUCUCGUGCCUAUUGCCUGGAUUGCCAUCUUGAUCUGGGCCUUUGUAUCGGAGAAGGACGGUGGAGGUGUCUUUGCCCAACAAACUGCGACUGUCUCGGGAUCCCAAUACAGUUGGCUGUUUUUGGCGAGCAUGACUUCGGUUUUGGGCAACUAUGCUACGCUCAGUGUCAAUCAAGUACGUUAUCCCUCUGAAACGAGGACUUUACUAUGCAUAUCUAACCACACACAGUCUGAUUUCUCUCGUUACUCUCGCGUCAACCCUCGCUGGCAACUCCUCUAUAUUCCGAUGCUGCCAAUCAUCUUUACGUUCAUCGCUUUUAUCGGUAUUGCGGCUUCAUCUGCUGGCCAGACCAAAUACAAACUCGCCGCCAUUCCAUGGGACCCAGCUGUUCUGAUCAGCUACUGGCCCAACCGCGCCUGUCGCUUCUUCGGCGCUGCUUCCUUUGCACUCGCAUCUCUGGGAGUGAACAUCUCCGCCAAUUCCCUGUCUGCCGCAAACGACUUCACCGCGCUUGCUCCUGAAUACAUCAACAUCCGCCGUGGCCAGAUCCUCUGUGCGUUGCUGUCAUGGGCCCUCGUGCCCUGGAAGAUUCUUGAAUCGGCCGGUAACUUCUUGAGUUUCAUGUCAGCUUAUGCCAUCUUCCUCGGCCCCAUCGCUGCAAUCAUGCUGUUUGAUUUCUGGGUUGUCAAUAAGCGCAAGUAUGAUGUUCUUGCACUAUAUCAGCCCCAGAACCCCAUCUAUCGCUACAGCUGUGCUAUACCCGGACUUUCUGGCAAAGUCGUCUCGGGGUUCAACUGGCGUGCCCUGGUGGCUUUCAUCGUGGGUGUCACACCCAAUCUGCCAGGUCUGAUUAAUGCCGUGACCCCAAGUAUUGAUGUCGGCGUGGGUGUUCAUCCCUAUCAGUUCGGCUGGUUGCUUGGCUUUUUCGCUACUAGUUUGGUCUAUUUGGCAUUGUCACAUUGGUUUCCUGAGCGCGAAGCCCAGAUCGAGCACGCUGUUCUCGCUGAUGAGAUCUAUGAGGAGAGAGGUGCUGUGGUUGAAGGUGUGGAGACGGAUAGUUCCGAUCGAGUGCAGGUCUCGACGGAUGAGAAGUCACUCAAAGAAUUGGCGUCGGAGAAGAACGUGUAG